ACAAUUUUACUGUAUUGCUGUAUAGAUAAACGUUUUUAAUUAUUCAUCAGUAAAAUAUUGUAAUUAUUACCUGAUACAUGGUUAAUAAAAGUAUUCCAAUUUUAGCUAAAAUGACGAAUCGACCAACGUAUUCUCAAAUAGAAUGUUUGGUGGAAUUCCUGGAGCAAAAUCCAGGCAUAGCCAAAGGCUUGCUUCGGACCAGUCAAGCCAAAUUGGAAACGAAGCGAAAAUGGGCAAGCUUGGCAACCUCCUUGAAUUCUAUUGGAGGUGCUAAUAAAGAUGGUCAAGGCUGGGCUAAAUAUUGGGCUGAGAAGAAAUGUGGUUUGAAGAAACAGUGCGCACAACUCUCAUCUUCAAUGAGGCGCACUGGUGGUGGGACAGCAGACAACUUGCCAACAUUGUCUGCUCUAGAUAAAAGGUUGGUGGCAGUGAUGGGUGGACAAGAGUUUGCGACUGGCAACUCAAGCUUGGCAGUCAAUCCAUUUCCUGAAUUGCCGAGAUCUGUUGGUACAGAACCACAGGUUGUUGAAGAAGAGGUAAGCCACCAUGACGUCAUGGAAAUGCAGUUCGAGCAACCGGUGCAUGUUUCCCCUAUACUUGGCACAUCACAUAGUGAAAUAAUACCAGAAACCAUAAUACCUGUGACCACGCCACUACAGAUUACGCCUCCGUUGAGUAACAAUCCUCCACGACGGCGACGCCGGUCUUUAACUCAGAGGCAGGAUACAGUGACGAUGGAACGGUUUGCCAUGAUGGAAGAGCGACGGAUUGAAGCCGAAACGACAACAGCCCAAGCAUUAGUUCAACUGUCACAACAAAUUGGCAACAUUGCAAGGGCUUUAACAUCUAUAGCUACAGCAAUUUCAGACGUAGCCAGAAAAAUGCUAGACCCUUAAGAAAGGCAUCUUAACAAUUUUUUUUUCAGCAAAGACCUCCCUUAGAUUUUUUUUUAUGUAUUAAACCGUAAAAAUACUAGUUAAACAUGCUAAUUAAAUGAAGAUUCCCAAUAUGUUCGUAAUCAAGCAAAAUGUUCAUAAAAAAUAAACAAAAAGUUCUUCCUAAAACGCUGUCAGCUGUUGUCUCUAAAAUAAAUGUAUAAGGUAUAGAUUAGGUUAUAGUAGGUAAUUAAAAGAUUUAUUUUAUU